GUCCCGGUAACAUCGUGUGUGUUAGUGAUACACCUCUACCCAGUGUGUCAAGUGUGGAAGAUUGUGCAAGGGUGUUCGUAUCAAAGGUUUAGGAAACAUAGGGUGGAAACUUAAAUCAAAUGAACGUUGCAAACAUCUCAACAUUAGUCGUUAAACGACUCCUAUCAAAUGUCUAGGAUUUAAAAUUUGUCACAUAGUUUUUGUGUUUAAACAAUGGUGUUUGAUGUGCAUCUAUCUCGCCGGUAGUGUGAAAUAUUUGUAGACAUGUUCGGUAUGCAGCAACUCAGACUUGCCUCAAGCCUGUUUCUGCAUCUUGUCACGGCGUUUAUGGAUAUCGACCUAACUAAAGGGGCAGUAGUAGACACAAACAACUAUUGGGAGCAACCCUUCUCACAACCGUACUUUGACAACUCUACGCGCAGAGAAGUAACCACCACGGUUGGUCAGAGCGCGUAUCUACACUGCAGAGUGCGCAACUUGGGGGACAGAGCGGUUUCUUGGAUCCGCAAGAGGGACUUGCAUAUCCUCACAGUCGGUAUCCUGACGUACACCAACGACCAGAGGUUCCAGUCUCUACACUCUGAUGGGACGGACGAGUGGACGCUCAAGGUCAGUUCGCCUCAGCUCAGGGACUCUGGGACAUACGAGUGUCAAGUGAGCACAGAACCCAAGAUCAGCUUGGCCUUCAAACUCAACGUCGUCAUAUCCAAAGCCAAGAUCCUGGGCAAUCCAGAGCUGUUCAUAAAAGCAGGGAGUGACAUCAACCUGACUUGCGUAGUGCUACAAACACCAGACCCACCGUCCUUCAUAUACUGGUAUCGCGGCGCACACGUCAUCAACUACUCCCAGCGUGGAGGAAUCAGCGUGGUCACCGAGAAACAGACAAGAACAUCACGCCUCCUGAUCGCGCGAGCUCUGCCGGCAGACUCUGGGAACUACACCUGCUCCCCUUCUAGCAGUGACUCAGCUAGUGUGCUGGUUCACGUGCUCAACGGUGAGUCAUGGGAACACCCAGCGGCCAUGCAACAUGGCAACAGCAGCAGUAGUGCUGUAACUAGGCUAUUACCUACCUUACUUCUAGCAUUGUGUCACAUUCUACAGUACAUGGGAGAUAACUCAAUGUAUCCAUCCACAGGACCUGUCGUCAAUAGGUGAUCUUUUUAGAACAACCAAGGACAUUAUUUGACUUCAUCCACUGUGAAAAACAUAGAAAAACACAUUUGCAAU